AUGACUAAAGCUGUUGGUAUUGAUUUGGGUACCACCUACUCAUGUGUGGCACACUUCCAAAAUGACCGUGUGGAAAUUAUUGCCAACGAUCAAGGUAACAGAACCACUCCAUCUUUCGUUGCCUUCACUGACACUGAAAGAUUGAUCGGUGAUGCUGCUAAGAACCAAGCCGCUAUGAACCCAAGCAACACCGUUUUCGACGCUAAGCGUUUGAUCGGUAGAAACUUCGCUGAUCCUGAAGUCCAAGGUGAUAUGAAGCACUUCCCAUUCCAAAUCGUCGACGUUGACGGUAAGCCACAAAUCCAAGUUGAAUACAAGGGUGAAACCAAGAAAUUCACUCCAGAACAAAUUUCUUCUAUGGUUUUGGGUAAGAUGAAGGACACCGCUGAAGGUUACUUGGGUUCUGGUAUCACCGAUGCCGUCGUUACCGUUCCAGCUUACUUCAACGACUCUCAAAGACAAGCCACCAAGGAUGCUGGUACCAUUUCUGGUUUGAACGUUCUACGUAUCAUCAACGAACCAACUGCCGCUGCUAUCGCUUACGGUCUAGACAAGAGAGGUCAAGAAGAAAACGUUUUGAUCUUUGACUUGGGUGGUGGUACUUUCGAUGUUUCCCUAUUGUCCAUCGAAGACGGUAUCUUCGAAGUCAAAUCCACUGCUGGUGACACUCACUUGGGUGGUGAAGAUUUCGACAACAGAUUGGUUACCCACUUGGCUAACGAAUUCAAGAGAAAGAACAAGAAGGACUUGACUACCAACCAAAGAGCCUUGAGAAGAUUAAGAACUGCUUGUGAAAGAGCAAAGAGAACUUUGUCUUCUUCUGCUCAAACUUCCGUUGAAAUUGAUUCCUUGUUCGAAGGUAUUGACUUCUACACUUCUCUAACCAGAGCUAGAUUCGAAGAGUUGUGUGGUGACUUGUUCAGAUCUACUCUAGAUCCAGUCGAAAAGGUCUUGAGAGACGCUAAAUUGGACAAAUCUGCCGUCCACGAAAUCGUUCUUGUCGGUGGUUCUACCAGAAUUCCAAAGAUCCAAAAGCUUGUUUCUGACUUCUUCAACGGUAAGCAACCAAACAAGUCUAUCAACCCAGAUGAAGCCGUUGCUUACGGUGCUGCUGUCCAAGCUGCUAUCUUGACUGGUGACGAAUCUUCCAAGACUCAAGACUUGUUGCUAUUGGAUGUUGCUCCAUUGUCUCUUGGUAUCGAAACCGCUGGUGGUGUUAUGACCAAGUUGAUCACCAGAAACUCUACCAUUCCAACCAAGAAAUCUGAAACUUUCUCCACUUACUCUGACAACCAACCAGGUGUCUUGAUUCAAGUGUUCGAAGGUGAAAGAGCAAGAACAAAGGACAACAACUUGUUGGGUAAGUUCGAAUUGAGUGGUAUCCCACCAGCACCAAGAGGUGUUCCACAAAUCGAAGUUACUUUCGAUGUUGACUCUAACGGUAUCUUGAACGUUUCUGCUGUUGAAAAGGGUACUGGUAAGACCAACAAGAUCACCAUCACUAACGAUAAGGGUAGAUUGUCUAAGGAAGACAUUGAAAGAAUGGUUGCUGAAGCUGAAAAAUUCAAGGAAGAAGAUGAAAAGGAAACUUCCAGAAUCCAAUCCAAGAACCAAUUGGAAUCUAUUGCUUACUCUUUGAAGAGCACUGUCAGCGAAGCCGGUGACAAGCUAGAAGCUGCUGACAAGGAAACCGUUAGCAAGAAGGCUGAAGAAACCAUCGCUUGGUUGGACAGCAACACUACUGCCGCUAAGGAUGAAUACGAUGACAAAUUGAAGGAAUUGCAAGAAGUUGCCAACCCAAUCAUGUCUAAAUUAUACCAAGCUGGUGGUGCUCCAGAAGGUGCUGCUCCAGGUGGCUUCCCAGGUGCUGGUGGUGCUCCUCCAGCUCCUGAAGCUGAAGGCCCAACUGUCGAAGAAGUUGACUAA